GGCAGAGACGAAGAGUUGCCUCAUUUGGCGUUUACUGACAAAAGUGUUUCAUUGAAAUUAAGUGUAAUCGGACUCAAGACAGACAAAGUGUUAAAUCAAAGCCAAUUCAAUGACGCCAAUCGUCCGCGACUUAUGGCCAAUAUUUUGGUCGUUAAUGACAUGAAAGACAAGUCCAAUAAGAAGAUUGGUUUCGAUACAAUCACAUCCAUUGACGACGAAUACACGCCCGGAGCCUACUUCAGCGAUCCGGCGAAGCAAACAAGUCAUUGCUUUAGUUUAAUGUUUGGCGCUUCCGAUGACACCAAAUACUACGACGACAAGAAACACAACGCCUUCUCAUUAGUGGUGGGAUUGGGUUCCGCACCGGAAGACAGUCUGUCAUUUCUGGUCCAAAUGAUUAUUGUGGUGGGCUUUGGUCUGCCAUUGCUGGUGAUGGUGGCCAGUGCUGGGUAUCUCAUCUACAGGAGGAUUAGGAGACGAAAUGCCAACGACUUGUUAUUAAGUCAAAGCGAUUCCAGAUAA